GUGGGAUUCUCUGGUGCUCUCGCCACCCAUUUCAUCCCCCACUCGUCUUGUUCUUCUUGAUCGUAUCGCCUUCGUGCUCAUUCGCUUCUCGUCAAAACACAUCGAGGCAGCACAUCUUACGUGUUUCUCUCUCUCCUCUGGAUCGUGGGAAUGGAAAUAAAUAAUUAUUAGAUUUCAAUGCCAUAACAAGCGAUGUAAUUUUCUCGGACGAAAUUUCCCCGAGAAAAUUAGAACAAACACAUGGAGAGCCCAAGAAAAUCCAGCUCCUUCUGAACUCUUUAAGUCAUCGCUCCCGAAACCCUUCCUCACAAAUCCAAAUCCUGUAAAGUCGCGAUCUUUUCCUCUUAUCCGAUGUUUUCCAUUUCAGGGAUUUGUUCUGUGCAUGCAAGAGCCAAAAACAGAUCAAGAGCGGCCUCUGGAUGAGAGAAUCAUCCGACCCAGAUGUCCGAUUCCGACAAAGCGAAGGUGGAUCCACUGUUGAAGGAUUUGGAUGAGAAGAAAGAGACUUUCCGGCGAAACGUCGUGUCUCUGGCGGCGGAGCUGAAGCAAGUAAAGGUCCGUUUGGUUUCUCAAGAACAAUCCUUUGUUAGAGAAACGCUAUGUAGAAAGGAAACAGAAGCUAAGGCCAAGAACAUGGAAAUGGAGAUCUGUAAAUUGCAAAAGAAAUUAGAAGCUAGAAAUUGUCAGCUUGAAGCUGCAGCCUCUGCUGUUGAAAAGUUCCUUAAGGAAUUGGAUGAUCUGAGAUCACAGCUUGCCAUCACCAAUCAAACCUCAGAAGCAAGUGCUGCUUCUGCUCAAUCUGCACAAUUGCAGUGCUCAACACUUAUGCAACAACUCGACGAAAAAACACUUUCUCUUAGAGACCACGAAGAUCGUGUAACUCAGCUUGGACAUAAGCUCGAUAAUCUGCAGAGUGAACUGGACGCCAGAGAAUUCUCUCAAAAACAGCUGAGAGAAGAAGUUCUGAGAAUCGAGAACGACAUAACAGAGGCUGUUGCAAAGGCCGGGAUGAAUGCAGACUGUGAGCUUAGGAGAAUCCUGGAAGGCGUAUCACCAAAGAACUUUGAGAGGAUCAACAAGAUUUUGGCGACGAAAGAUGAAGAGAUCUCGAAGCUGAAAGAUGAUAUAAGGUUCAUUUCGGCUCAGUGGAAGCUCAAGACCAAGGAGCUUGAAGGACAGCUGGAGAAACAGAGAAGGGCGGAUCAAGAGUUGAAGAAGAAGGUUCUGAAACUGGAGUUUUGCCUUCAGGAAGCUCGAAGUCAGACAAGGAAGCUGCAGAGAAUGGGGGAGAGAAGGGACAAGGCGAUCAAAGAACUGAGAGAUCGGUUGUCGGAGAGACGGCAGAACGAAUCAGAGCUGCCUCCCCCGUCGGAGAGACCCAACUUCUGGGAAACUUCGGGUUUCAAGAUCGUGGUCUCAAUGUCCAUGUUGUUCCUUGUCAUAGUCUCCAAGCGAUGAACCCUUUUUUUUCCCGUCUUUGUAAUCUUGAAUUCCUAUUUUUUUUAAAUGUAAGUGUAGUUGCAGAUAUAUAGAGUCAUACAUGCAGUAUAUCUUACAAGAAAAGAGCAACCAAUAUUCCUGGUUCA